AUGAAAAAUUCUAAUAGAUCAAAAUCAACAGGGAAGAUAAAAGAACUGUUAUACUCUCCGAAACUCACCAAAAGCAUAAGAUCAGCACAUAAUUAAAUAAGGCGUCUCGGGUCGGAUAUAUCCUCUCGUCUAUGCAGCCUCGAGCACAUACUUAAUUAUAUCCAGGAAGGGUUUUUCAACCUAAAAAUGGACAGCAAUGCUAGGUAAGUAAUUCAGGCAGAGUGCCGUGCCUAGCACCAGUCCUUUUUCAGGAUUGGAAUUUUACCUCGUGGGGAAGGCGAAGCUUGAAAUUGAAUGUAAGCCCAGCAAUAUCUUUUGGCACUACAAGGCUAUUCGGGCAAACUCUCCAGUUUGAAACCAGGAGUUGUGGCCAGGGCUUCAAGUUUUCCCUUUUGCUGAGAAUUUGUCAGAAAUUCCAUUUUUCGGAAUUUCUGCGCAGACAACCCAUGUUCAAGCCGAGGGCUUGGAAGCUAGUGCAUUUGAGUGCUAGCGGACGUUAAAUGAGCAUAAGGUCGACCAAAAAAUGUUUUCAGGGUUCUAUAUCAAUGAAGCUCCCGAAGAUCCUGAACAAAAGCCUUAUGAAGGCUAUGAGGAUGAAAAUUUCACGAAGCCUUUUUCUCAUACGUUCUCGCAGUCAGAUUUAGUAAGCGGAUACACAAAACGGACAAGGGAAGCCUUAAUCAAAAAAGUUUACUGUUUAGAUGACGGUUAUAAGUACACCUUUGAUUUCUCGCCAGCCCUGAAUUUUUUCAAGUUCCUCUGUGUCCUUCCUAAGUAUCAAAAUAACUCAAAUAAGCUGGAAUUGUGAGUCCCGGACACAAUAAUCUAUAACGAUAUAGAAAGGCCUUAUUGGAUUUAUUCAGACCACAAAGGCAGGGUCUGCAGAGGAGAACACUUUGAAGAAGGCCACAUUAUUUCGAAGCUCAGUAGGUCUGAAAUGGGGUUUGGCCCUGUAGCUGUGCUUAAAAAAGUCCAUUAUGACUCAGAAAAAAACCGAAUUGUUGGGAAUAAUACGCAGGUUCUUAACAGUAUUGAGCUGAUAAAAACGAUCAGGUUUGUGUGUAGGAGAAACGGCGAAAAAAACUGCCUACAAAAAUUCAUUAGGUGUAAAGGCUUUAUUAUUGAUAAGGUUAUAGAAAAACUCCUGGUAAGCCUGCGAGCUACAAUAAUCUCCAUAGCGCGCCUCUCUUUGCUUUCAGCUCCUUCUGGCAUCGAUUGCUCUUUUAAGGACGAGGGUUUGUACUAGCCACCCGUGAGUGGAGACGUUCGUCCACCAUGUCAUACGUCUACUUACCCAUUCUGAAAGCGACCCAAAAGAGUUAACAUGAAACUUUGAUGCGGCAUAUCUCAUGAUCAUCUAAUUUUGGUGUUGAAUGCAAAAUUCAGCGAUUUCUAAAUUUCAAUUUACUUUCUUUUUCCCUUGCAUAUUUAUUGAUAUUUAUAGAGAGUUUGCUCAUUGUAUUAAUUAUUAAAAUAUAUAAAUCUAUAAACUGAAUGAAUAUAUUUAUUGUGUAUAAGCUUAUUAAUUAUUAAGUUAUUCAAUAAUUAAGCUUUGCUUUCACUUUAAUCAAAUGGCACUCUUUUUUUUGGAAAAAAUUCCUUAAUCUCCUCCUACAAAAUUUUGAAAAUCAAAUUUUCAACAUAAAAAAUAUUUUUUUAUAUAUAAAUGAUAAAAAAAAAUUUGUUCGCUCACGCAGGGGACGGAGUAAGAGGAUGGGCUGCUUCGCACAUCAUUUUAAUAUAUAUAUUAAGUGUAAAGGUAGCACAGCUUUUAUAUGUAGGAAUUUUUAUUCCACAAAAAAAGCUAUGAUGUGCUAUUUGAUAUCAAGCAAAGUUUCAUACACAGGGAAGUGCUAUUUAGCUGAAAGCGCUGAUGCAAAUAUAUUAAAAGUCAGCCAUGGUUAUUUUGUCUCAGCAACUGGUGCUUAUACUUAUAACAUUAUUAAAUUCCUCGAAAGAAAUUUAUCAAUUAAAUUAGAAAAACUGGUAUAUCUCAGACAUACUUUCAGAGUAUACAUGAAAUCUUUCCAGCAAAAAGUAAAAUUUCUGUUAAUAAUAUGCUCUAUUGGCAUGCUAAAUGCAUAAUCAAGCUAUAUGUGACUAUAUAAAAGAUGAAGAAGACAUAUGGUGAAUGAUAAACGUAAAAGCAUUCAAAUACAGCUCAAAUGUGUUCCCUACUCUGAACUAUUUUGUCGAAAAUGACAGCUUUGUCAGCCCUACUUCUUCAAAAUUAGGGCUAAAGGAGUAUAAAAGGCUUAAAAGAUGCGAAUUUUGUAGGAGCGGGUUUGUCAAAAUGACGCAGGAGUUGACGUUAAAAAUGCUUUUUGAGCUUGAAGAGCACUUAAAACACAGAGGAAAAGAGCUUUCGUGGAUGGAAAACAAAGAGUACCGGCAUGUGGAUAAUGCGACGUUAUAUCAGAGAUUCCAAGUUUGUGAAAGCUGCUUUAAUUUGUAUACAAUUACACAAGAGUUGAAAAAUAUUGAAAUUUCUAUUGCGAAAGGGUUAGGGUUUAUUCAUGAUAAAGAGGCAAAAGAAGAAAAUAAUCUUAGUCCGCCGCUGAAUUUUAACAUGCUGGAACAGUAUAGGUUUAUGCUUAUACUUGACAGUUUGAGAGAGUGCGAAAUAGAGCUUUCUUCAGCUUUUCAUAUAAGAUAUUCAUUCAUUAGAUUAGUAUAGAGAAGCUCCCAACCAACUCGCUAAUGGCUUUUCAUGUCCCUUGUUUCUCACACCCCCUUGCUCGCCAGUCUGAUUGCAGAGCUUAAGGCUUGUUACUCUCUCCGAUAAGAGCCUGCAUUUGCUACCCAGAGGUGAAGAUGCUGGGCCACUGUGCAUUAUGUCGACGGGUUCCCUUUUCAGAAAACUCAAAAAGCGAAUUUCCUGGUAGUCUAUCAACAGGGAUGAAACUUGUAGCUCGGGUGCAACUCCCGGUGUCGCGCUAGAAAAAUGCCGAUUAGUCAAACGAGUGAUCUCUAGCCUUGCUGGGCUAUCUCUUUUCAACUUCCAAUUUCUAUCCUCCCUCAGGGUAAAAUCUUCCCCUGGAUGUGAGCCUGAGGUCAGCACGCCCGAUAUUGAGCUCUACUAGACCAAGUAAAACCCGGCUGACACACUCACCAAAUGCUGCUCCCUUCCAAAAGUUCCUUAGUCUCCCAUCUUGCUACAGCUAUUAAGAGGGCAGAUUGGUUCACCACACCAUUUUUUUGUAUUCUAUAUAAGAUACUCAUUUCUAGGUUCAAAUAUACAGUUUUCUCUCACUGAAAAUGAAGGCAAAACUCAGUCACUAAAACAUGUAAAGUCCUUUUAUAUACUGCCCCAUAUUAAUUGAAUUUUUUUAUUAUUGUCUCCACUUUUUCAUAUAAAAAUAUAGGAAUUGCCCGAGGAUGGCGCUAUCUUGCGCCAUCCUCGGGCAAUCCAAAAAAUGGCCCCACACCGGGAAUCGAACCCACGUGUGGGGCCAUUUUUGGUGCGUGUAAGUCGAUGUUGGCCACACACCAAAAAUGGCCCCACACGUGGGUUCGAUUCCCGGUGUGGGCCAUUUUUGAAUUGCCCGAGGAUGGCGCAAGAUAGCGCCAUCCUCGGGCAAUUGCUAUAGUAUAUUUUCGCUAAAAAUAAAAACGAUUUCGAAGCCUUUUUAGAAAACUAUGGAAAUAUUGUGAUAGAGCUCUACAACUCACACCAUUUUAUAGGCAAAACUACAAUUUCCCUAUACGAUUUUCACUCAAUUAAUGUGAUAACAAAAGUUUAUUAUCAGCCUAUUUCAAUAAGCCCUAAUAUUUACCUCCAAACUUAUACUGGAAUCACAAGAGACGGCCCACAAAAAGUAUCAGCAUUUUCGUUUAAUGAAUACAAAGGGAUUUAUCUUCCCCGCGAGUCCCAUACAAGCUGCCACACACUGCCUGCUGAAUGGUUUGAGAUUAUGCCAAAUUGGUAUGUACACCGUAGCAAGUCUUCUACUACAUGAGACAGAUCUUUAAGCCGAUCUCCUACAAAAUCCUUAUAUAAAUCGCCAAUUAAGCCUACAAUAACUAGGUCUAAGUCUCUUCUAAGGCAAAACCGAAAAAACCGAAUCAGCUAUGAUUCUCAUUUUCUAACAAAAACUAUGCAAACUUAA